CUGACAGCACGAUCACUGCCUUCCAUACAGUCUGAUGAGAGACUACAACCGCUGCUUAAUCAUCUCAGCCAUUCUUACAUUGGCCCAGAUUACAGCGUGCAAAAGAACACUGGAAAAAUUUCUCUAGAACAGAUAGAUGCUCUUUCUGUGAAGUCGUUCCCUCUUUGCAUGCGCCAGUUGCACAAAGCCCUACGUGAUAACCAUCACCUCCGUCAUGGAGGCCGUAUGCAGUAUGGACUGUUCUUAAAAGGCAUCGGCUUGACUCUGGAGCAGGCACUGGAAUUUUGGAAGAAAGAAUUUAUCAGAGGAAAAGUGGAUGCAGACAAGUUUGACAAAGGAUAUGCUUACAGCAUUCGCCACAGCUAUGGGAAAGAAGGAAAGAGAACUGAUUAUACCCCAUAUAGCUGCAUGAAGAUUAUCAUGUCCAAUCCACCAAGUCAAGGGGAUUAUCAUGGGUGCCCAUUCCGCCACAGUGAUCCUGACCUAUUGAAGCAGAAGCUGCAGUCAUACAAGAUUCCUCCCAGUGGAAUAACUCAGAUAUUGGAAUUGGUGAAGGGCAUGCAUUACCAGCUGGCCUGUCAGAAGUACUUUGAGUUGACGCAUGAGGUUGAUGACAUUGGGUUUUCUUUGAAUCAUCCUAAUCAGUAUUUUACAGAGAGUCAAAAGCUAUUAAGUGGUGGUAGAGAACUGAAGAAGGAACUAAGUAAUUCAGGAAACUCUCAACAAAAAAGUAAUAGUCAGGAAAGCAUGAAUUCAGAUUCUGCUCCCACCUCUUCAAAUACAACACCUGAUGCAGAACUGGAGGGACUGGAGGCAUACUUCACCGAAGACUAA